UAUAGUAGUUGUGACUUAUUCACACUAUAUACAUUUGGCUUCCGCAACACAUAAGACUCGUCUUCUUCACUUUAGCAUACCACAAUUUUUCCAGUUGUAUCAGGGACUAGAAAUACAAAAAGCUCUGUAGAAGAUGGUGGAAACUAAAAUAGGCAACUCCCAAUUCAUAAUUGUUACAGUGUAGUUGUAUCUACCUCCGCUAUCGUAUAUUUAUACACUCUCUCAAGUGAAAGGGGAUAGAUGGCUUCUGUUUAAUGUUCGCCAUUGACACUUAGUAGGUAUUGAUUAAACCAGAAACGCAAUGCACUACUCGUUAAUCAAUAUUUGACCGUGAAAGAUUGACAAGUUCUGUAACUUGGAUAGAUCUGACAGCUUUCCUUCUCUAAAAGCAACUUGUUAGCACUUCUUUAAUUGUCUAUAAAUUUUUCCUCUUCUUCAAGAGUAUAUUUCACAGCAAAAUAAAUUGGAAAGGCAGGAAAAAGAUGAGACCCCUUCUAGGAAAGCAAAGAGGCAACUGUUCCUGGCUGACUUCCCGAAGUUCUUUGCACAUAACACUCCGGAGCCUGCUAUUAACAUCACCAAACACUCUCCUGCAGUCCAUGGCUCAAAUCACUUGGCAGAAUCUGUUAAUAGUCAGAAGUCUGUAACUGAUGUUGUUGUGUUAGAUAAUGCGUCCUCUUCCACAUCACCACUUUCAUCUGAUGAAGAUGAUGCACCUAUAUUAUCUUUGCAGAAAAGUAGGAGCAAAGAUUCUGUUAGACGAGACUUAAUUGGUGAUCAUUCCAAAAUAAGUGAUGCUGAGGACUUCUUUGCUCGGGUCGCAACACAGCUCCAAGAUGCUAAAUCCCCGGGAAUUGAUGUCAAGUCACCUGCACUAAGAAUGUCUCGAUACUCAGCCCAAGUACUUAACAAAACCAAAGCUGAAGUUCAGAAGCUACUUAUGAUGCCUUUGCACGAUAUAGUUCUCCCUGAAAACUCUUCAGUUUUAGUGGCUGCCCUUCCUAUAUAUGCUGCAUCACCCAAUCUCUCGGUUGAGAAAGUACGUGCUUUGAAGGAACUCGAAAAGAAUCUCCCAUCUUUAUUCUCUGAUUUUCAUCAGGCGAAGAGGCAGCAGAAAGAGUAUACCAGUAAGGUUGCCAAGAAGGUAAUCCUGAUCGACGAGCUUACUAAAGAACAGGACCUUUACAAUGAUCUCAAACACCACCGCAGUAGAAUUGAUACUUCUAUAAGUUCCAUCAGGACUCAAAUUUCAGAGUUGAAGACGAAGAUAAAAGAAGAAAAGAUGAAACGGAGAGCCAUUCAGGAACAAGAAUUAAAUUUGAAAAACAAAAAUUCUCCCAAGUUAGCUGCAUUAGAAAAACUGGGAGCUGAAUUUCUUGAUUCGGAGAAACAACUAGCUGAUUCUCUGGCUAGCAAAGCAGAAAUUAGUUGGGCAGACUACCAACAAAAGAUAAUUGGCUUGGGAAUGUGAAGUAGUGUUGAAGCCUUUAAUGUGAAUUAGAGCAGAACUGCUUUAAGUAAUGCAUGUAAAUAAUAUCUUUUGCUAUCUUCUGAACUUGCUUUUGUGAAUA